AUGAGAGCAUUCCUUGCGGCCAUCGCCGCGCUGCGGCUAGCGACUGGUGUCUUCGGCCAAACAACAACAGCCUCGAGCUCGAGGACCAUCCACACCGUUGCCGUCGGCGCCAAUGGCCACAACUUUACUCCAAACACCACCUACGCCGAUCCCGGUGACAUCGUCGUCUUCGACUUCUACCCUACUAACCACUCCGUCAUCCGCGGCGAGUAUGCCAACAACACUUCAAUAUGCGGCGUCGCCGGCUGCAACCCGUGUGUGCCCUGGGAGCUCUACCACGCCAACGAGGACUACCAAGGCUUCUUCUCCGAAAAUAGGAUAAUCGAUACUUUCACAGAUAGGCAAACAUGGAAUCUCACCAUCAACAACACAGAACCGAUCUGGUUCUACUGUGAUGCGAUAGAGUCGUGUUCGCCAAACGGCAUGGUUGGGGUAAUAAAUCCGCAAAAUGGCUCGUCCUUCAACUACCAGCACACCGAAGCCAUGGACUCCGUGUACCAGCUGGCGCCGGGCCAAACCUGGCCCGCCGAGGGCUCGUCAUCCACGUCAUCAUCCAGCUCGGGCGGCCACCACAGCAGCAGCCUCUCGGGCGGCGCCAUCGCCGGAAUCGUCGUGGGGUCCGUCGCCUUCGUCGCCAUGGCGGCGGCGCUGAUGUUCUUCGUCGGCCGCAGCCGCGCGUACGGCAAGUUCUUCAAGCACACGCAGUCGCAGCCCCCGCUGUCGGAAAUCGGCGACCACUCCAGCCAGCCCGGCGGCAUGGGCGGCGGAUCCCUGCCGCCGUGGUCGGACGGUACCCCCUCGCGCCUCGGCAGCCCCCCGCCGACGAUGCCUGGAAGCCCGCCGAUUGGUGUUGGGCAGAAUGAGAAGCCGGUGAAUCAGGCGCGCUGGAGCGAUAGCACGGCGUUCACGCACAAUAAUGUGAAUACCCAGCCCCGCUACAGCUCCCCGCCCCCGCAGGAGCACAUGAUGUUCGUGGGGUACAAUAGGCAGACGGGCGCACCGGAAUUCGCACCCGAACUUCCUGGAGAUCACGAGAUUCACCAGGUGGGAGGACCGGAUGCGACAAUAAGGGAAGAGGCGCGCGUAAUUGGAGGAAGCCCGGUGGAGAUGGAUGCGAACGAGGCAAGAAGAUUAAAAGGAGGACAUUGA